AUGCCUAUUUGUUAUUUUUUACCUGCGACAUCAUUAAAAAAUUGUAUAUUGAGUGAGUUGUUAGUGGAGGUAAUUCAACGGCUAUUAGAUUGUGGAUUUCAUGUUAAAGCUGUAAUAUGUGACCAAGGAACUAGCAAUGUAGCAGAACUUAAACAAUUGAAAGUUACAAAAGACAAGCCGUUUUUUGAAGUUAAUGAAAGACGAAUUUAUUCUAUUUUUGAUACUCCACAUUUAUUCAAAAACUUGCGUAAUCAUUUAAAAAAAAGCAAUUUUAUAUUUGAAGGCAAAGAAGCCUCUUUUCAUGACUUGAGAGAUGUUUAUUAUAUUGAUAAGAAAAGUUGUACUAGUCGUUCUUUAUUAAAAAUUACUGACAAUCACAUAAACCCAGGGCCAUUUCAAUUGAUGUCAUGUAAAUUAGCUAUGCAACUUUUUAGUAAUACAAUGUCUACUGCUAUAAAAAUCAGUGUUUACACCGGUCAGCUGAAGUCUAAAACAGCUAUACAGACACCUAAUAUGACAAAAUAUUUCAAUGAUUUACUUUAUGUACUAAAUAGUAUGAGUUUGUACCAUUCCAAUCCAUUUAAAUGUGCUUUAUCCACCGAGAGACCCCAGCAACUAGAAUUUCUUCAAAAAGCAAUAAUAACAUUUGAAAAUUUAAAAAAGAAAAAUUCUACCAACAAAGGGAAAAAAGAAACUAUACCUGUUUGCUUUGAUAGUAUGUGCUGGACCUUGAAUGCUAUUAUACUGCUGUAUAAAGAACAACAAGACAUGGGAUUCCCAUACAUUUUGACUGGACGCCUCAACUCAGAUGUAAUAGAAAACACAUUUUCUAUAUUAAGACAAAGGGGAGGAUAUAAUAGGUAA